AUGCUCCGCCACCCGUCGGCACCGCCGCUCCUGCUGCUCUGCCUCCUACUAGCUCUCUCCUUUCGCGGCUCGCCUCCGCAGCAUGGUUCUGCUCCGAACCAUGCUGCUACCUCGUGUGCUGUCGCGAUCGUCGCGGCAGCAAGCGCAGUCCCCGCGAGUCAGAAUCUCUUUGCGACAUUUGAGGCGCCGGAAAAGUCGGCAGCAAGCGAAGCCCCAGCGGGCCAGGACCCCUUUGCGGGCCUGGAGGAGGGCGGGGGAGAAGGGGAAGCGCAGCAGGUAGUGGGGCGCGUGGAUGCGAUAGAGGCGGAACUGGCGCAGGCGGAAGGGGGAGCGGAAAGGGAAGGGAAGGCGGAAAGUAGAGGGAGAAUAGAGGCAGACAGAGGUGAAAGUGGGGAGGCGGAAGGGGGAGGGGAAGGGGAGGACGAAGGCGGACGGGGUGAGAGCGAGCAGGGACCGCAGGCAGCAGGGGGGGGGGAGCGCGCAAAUCUUCCCCCCUCCCCCUUCCCCCAGUCCCGGGCCCCGCUCCCCCCGUCGUGGAUGCCCGUGCCCGCGCGGCGCCUGGGGUGGGCGGCGCAGAGCGCGGCGCUCCCCGUGAUCGCGCUGGACCUCUUCAACACGCACCUCCGCGCGCCCCUCCACAUGCGCUGCCACGGCCGCGCCUGCCCCGCCUUCUCCCCGUGCGGGAACACCUUCGGGAACGUCGCCGCCUGCUGGAACCCCGAGCUCUCCGCGGAUCGGCGGAUGAACAUGCGCGCGCCCGUCAACUGCCCGCGCGUGCAGGGGGGCUGGCGGAACGCGACGUGCGCGCACGCGGAAGACCUGGACGCGAGGGACGCGGUGGCCUUCCAGGCGUUCCGAGUGCACCACGUGUUUGUGUCCAACCUCGGGUUUGUCUUCAACCGCACGCACCGCUUCGUGCGCAACGGCUGUGGGGCGUACCAGAAGUUCUCCUUCCCCCCGUCAGCUAGAGUGCGCAAGCUAGGCCGGGCCAUCAACUGGGCGCACGUGGCAGGUCUCGCUUUCUUCCACAUGCUCACGGAGGCCAUGCCUCAGCUCUACAACCUCGCGCCCCUCCUGCCCUCCUUCCACCGCGGCCUCCGCCUCCCCCUCCUUGCCUCACCCAAGCAGGUGCAGGUGUGGGACGAUCUGAUGGCGCCGCUAGUGGGCAUAGCCAGGGACAACGUGGACCUUAUAAUGCCGCCUGAUGGCCACCUCGUGUUUGUGCGCACACUCGUGGAGCCAUCUCGGCAGUACUGCGGGGUGCCAGCUCGGGGCCUAUGGCACAGCCUGCGCAGGCAGCACCUGCUGCACCCGCAGGGCCUUCCCAUCUUCCACCGCAACUGGACGCAGCGAAACCUCACCCCCCUCACGGAUGACCAAAUGGCUUUGCUGCCCGCCGACUGGGUGGUGCUGCUGGUGCGGCGGCCGGGCAAGGAGAGGGUGAUGGAGAGAGAGGGCGAGCUGGAGGGCAGCAUGAGGCACGUCUUUGGCGACCGCCUGGUGGUCUACGGCACGUCGCUGCCCAUCCUGCAGGGUGGGCGUGGGUUGCAAGGUGGGCGUGGGUUGCAAGGUGGGAGUGGGUUGGUGGUUUCCCCCUCUUUUCCCUCCCCAUGCCGGCAUCAGCCCAAGCCCUCCCGAGCGCUGUUCCGGAGGGCACGGCUGGUGGUGGCGGUGCACGGGGCGGGCUUCUCUCUUUCUAACUCUCGCUCUCGCUUCCUCCUCCCCAUCCCCCAUCCAGCCCGAGCGCUGUUCCGGAGGGCACGGCUGGUGGUGGCGGUGCAUGGGGCUGGUCUCUCCCACACCAUCUUCAUGCCCUCCAAUGCCUCCGUGCUCGAGAUUCGCCCUCGGGAUUACCAUAACACAAGCAAGAUGUAG